CGUUCCGUUGAACUGGAAAAGCGUAAGGUGAAAGAUGGUUGGGGAGAACGUUUGGUCGACCUUUGAUAAAAUCAAUGACAUUUUUCCACAAGAAAAAUGCUUGAAAGAGAGAAGCAGCCAAGUUGAAGAGAGCAACUAACGGUCAAUCCCAACACUAACGAAUCCUCUCCGCCCUUCAAUCUUAUAUCUCUCUGCUUCUCCUUUGAGCUCGCCAUCACUUCCCUUCCUUAGAGAUUGCCACUCUCGCAGUGUUCUCAAGUUUCCUCGGUGUACCUGAUGUCAUUUGCAGGACAACAUGUGAGAGAAGAUCAUGUUUUGAACAAUUCCUUGCUUUGUGGUUUCUCAUCAACACUCUCAGCAUUCGAUGCAGGGGCUUCGGCAAAUUGUAAAUGUGAUUCGGUACUAGGGCUCAGAAAGUGUGGUCCGGCAAUAGGGCUCCGGCAUUGUGUAAAAUACGAUCCAGCAGUAGGGCUAUGGCUCUGUUGCAAGUGCGGUCUGGCAGUUGCAAAGGGCGAUCUGGCUUUAGAUGUUACGGGAUUCCAAGCUACGGCACUAUGUAAAGGGAAUUUUGGCCAUAUUCAGUUUCCGUCUGGUUGUCUUAAGACGGUUCGACACUUGGGCAAUUGCAAAGGGCGAUCUGGCUUUAGAUGUUAAAGGAUUCCAGGCUCCGGCACUAUGUAAAGGGAAGUCUGGCCGUAUUCAGUUUCCGUCUAGUUGUCUUAAGACGGUUCGGCACUUGGGCAGUUGCAAAGGGCGAUCCGGCUUUAGAUGUUACUGGAUUCCAGGCUCCGGCACUAUGUAAAGGGAAGUCUGGCCGUAUUCAGUUUCCGUCUGGUUGUCUUAAGACGGUCCGACACUUGGGUGCUGUGAUGGUGAGGCUCCGGCACUAUGUAAAGGGAAGUCUGGCAGUAUUCAGUUUCCGUCUGAUUGUCUUAAGACGGUCCGACACUUGGGUGUUGUGAUGGUGCCUGUGAUUGUGCGCUCCCGCAAUGUGCUAUUGGGGUGCCUUAGAUGUUAAGGGAUUCCAGGCUCCUGUACUAUGUAAAGGGAAGUCUCAGUUUCGAUCUAGUAGUUGUCAUAAAAUGGUCCAGCACUUGGGCACUCCGGUAAUGUGAUGGUGCGCAGCUCCCGCAAUGUGCUAGGAUCCAAAACUCAACAUAAAACUUGGCCAAAAAGAUUUUUGUGUAGGGGAAAGGCAUUUCUGUCUAAAAAAUGAACUUUUUCCCUUAAGGGUAUUUGCAUAGAAAGUUUGUUUUGGGGAAAAAGUAAGAGAAAAAGUUAGGUUGGGGUAAAUUACAUAGAAAGUAUGCUUUUGGGGUUUUUUAUAAUUUUCCUAAAUUUAUAUAUGUACC